AUCUUCAAUCAAACCGUUCACUUUCGUCCCCAACAUAUCCCGAAGUUUGUUCGAAUACCCGACCUACCCAACGAAGCCGUGCUUGCCUGAGUGAUGUCCUCCGCUCGAGGCCAACGCAUCGAAGCAAACUGCAAGAUCAUCUGGGGCGCGGACUGCGAAUACGACCUCGAUAACGAAACCGAUGACUAUGUCCACUACAUGGCCCACGUGAAAAAGGACUUUGGGGUUUCGUUUGGGCCACCACUGGCGAUGACCGGCCUCUGUGGUUCGAGCGAAGCUGCUUUGGCGGAAUUGGACAGAAUGCUAGAAUUAUGGGCGAAGCAGGUGAAGCGCGGAACGCCAAUGACAAAGGAUGAAAGGUUGGAAAUUUUUGGUGGGCCGAAGGGGAAGCAUAAGAAGAUUUUGAGCAAGUUUAUAGAUGAGUUUGAGAAGAGAGAGCGUGCGAAGCGAGCUUAGGAUCGGGUUUGUCGCAGUUUUGGAGAAAGUCUACCGCGCAGGCCGCCCCCAAGCCACCAUCGGCGGAGCUGUUCUUCCGUGCCCGCCACUCAAAAUCUGUCGUUUCUGUAUCGUAAAUGUACACUUGUCCGGAUUGUAGUGCAUGGUUUACGGAACUCUGGCUCAGGUCCCGAUACAUAUUUUGGCUCUUGGCAAAGUUAAGCUCGCGUCUUCCGGCUCAAGCCUUGCGUCUCAGACGCAUUAUCAC